AUGGGGAUGGUGAGAAAUACCAGUGAGAGCAACCUAGCAGGUUUCAUCCUUUUGGGGUUUUCUGAUUAUCCUCAGUUACAGAAGGUUCUAUUUGUGCUUAUAUUGAUUCUGUAUUUACUAACUAUUUUGGGGAAUACCACCAUCAUUCUGGUUUCUCGUCUGGAACCCAAGCUUCAUAUGCCGAUGUAUUUCUUCCUUUCUCAUCUCUCUUUCCUGGACCUCUGCUUCACCAGCAGUGUUAUUCCCCAGCUCCUGGUAAACCUGUGGGAACCCAUGAAAACUAUCACCUAUGGCGGCUGUGCCGUUCAGCUCUACGUCUCCCAUGCCCUGGGAUCCACGGAGUGUGUCCUCCUGGCUGUGAUGUCCUAUGACCGCUAUGUGGCUGUCUGCCGUCCUCUCCGUUACACCGUCUUAAUGCAUCCCUGUCUCUGCAUGGCCUUGGCAUCUGUGGCAUGGCUCAGUGGAAUAGCCACCACCCUGGUACAGUCCACCCUCACCCUGCAGCUGCCCUUCUGUGGGCAUCGUCGAGUGGAUCAUUUCAUCUGUGAGGUCCCUGUGCUCAUCAAGCUGGCUUGUGUGGACACCACGUUUAACCAGGCUGAGCUUUUCGUGGCUAGUAUCCUUUUCUUUAUAGUGCCUGUCUCUUUCAUCCUGGUCUCCUAUGGCUUCAUUGCCCACGCAGUGUUGAGGAUUAAGUCAGCUACGGGGAGACAGAAAGCAUUUGGGACCUGCUCCUCCCACUUGACGGUGGUCGUCAUCUUUUAUGGAACCAUCAUAUUCAUGUAUCUGCAGCCAGCCAAGAGUACAUCCAGGGACCAGGGAAAGUUUGUUUCCCUCUUCUACACUGUGGUGACCCCCAUGCUUAACCCUCUUAUUUAUACCUUGAGGAACAAGGAAGUGAGAGGGGCAUUAAAGAAAGUUCUAGCAAAGGCUCUGGGAGUAAGUAUUUUAUGA